AAUUUCCUAAAAAUCAAAGACACCGAGGUAUGUGAAUUAUGUAAUCGGACAUAUAAACAACACGUAGGAGCUCAUUUUUUAUUCAAAUCAAUAUAGUCUAGAAUAAAGACUACAGAAUUUGCUUUUCAAUUCAGUGUGUUCUUUCUUUAUAGCAGGAAGUGACUAAUUACACAACCCCAACACUUAAUUCUAAAUGUCUACCCUGAGCACUCAUUAGCUGGGCUCUCAUUUCAUGGUUUCCAAGGGGUCUGCCUCCUUCAUUUGCAGUCAUGUAACUUGUAGCAAUAUCGUGGAAACUUUCACUAAUCCGAUUGAGGAAGUAUUUAACUGUAUUAAGACUGUCUGCAUGCUUCUGCUAGGGAUCAGAGGAGUCCUGUGAUGGCCUAGGACCUUAUCUUACAACACAAACAAAGGUUUGGAUGUGAGAAUUAGGAGGGAGACAAGCUGUUAUUUUAAAUGAGAAAAUAAAUAUUUUUUGUCAGUAAGCAGAAGUCCAUCACAGAUGACUUUAUGACAUUUAUUCAAUGGGGGCAUGUUAUUCCAAAUCAGGUCAUGAUGCAGACAUUGCCAAAAAGAAGUCCCCACACAGUAAGAAACACAAGACUGGAAUCGCUGUGACCAUCGAGUACAGCCCGGUCAGGGCCCCAAACCACAAUGAAGACAGACUGUCUAUUUUUGACAAUGAAGAGGAAGAUGACAAAAUUGUUGUAGAGUCCAAUGGGAAUGUCGAGGGACAAUGCUGUUCCAAAGUGUCUAAAGACAGUAACAAGGUUGUGCUCAAUACUGAGGGUGAAAAUGGUGAUAUUGAUGGGAAGUGUGACCUAGUGACCUUGCAGGAGAGGUCAAAGGAGGUCAAAACUUCAGAUUCAGAUGUGAUUGAUAAAGUCGUUUCAGCAUCUGACAGUGGGGUAGAGAGUUUAACAGCUCAGGAAUCGCACCACUCUAGUCAAAGUCUUUGUGAUAAAACCAAGCCAUAUCAAACCAAUGAUGAGGUUGAUACUUUAGUUAGCCAGAAAAAUGAGAUUCAUGAAAAUCACGGUGAGUUUUCUGCUCAUUCAACGAGUAGACCCAAUCGUUUUUCUGAUAUUAUGUAUCUUAAAUCCAGUCUCAAAAAACCAGGUCAACACUCUGGUAGAUAUAAUCGCCUGUCCUGUAAAUCUAGUGACAGUUUAGAUUGGACAGCGACCCUGAUAACUAGCCUGGACCGAUGUCGAAGUGAAGCCUCAGAAUUUUUUUGUGAUGACUUUAACAUAUCAGCCCCCCUUGCAGCAUUUGAUUCAAUAGAUUUUAUGAGCAGUGCAGGGUCUCUGCUGCGGAACCGAUUGAGUAGAGCUAGCAUUGUUGACUAUGAUACUGAUACGUUUCAAUUUCAAUUUGAUUUUUCUGGAUUAGAAACCAAGGAUGCAGAGGCGAGCGCAGUGCCGAUAUCGCCAGAAUCGCUACCGUGCUCGCCGAUUCGACAGCACUUGGUCAGUCCAGAUGGCGUAAAUCUGGAACUGACCGGCUCUAAAAGAGCCUCGCAGGAGCUCAGGCCAAGGUCAAUCAUGAAAGUGAGAUUUGAUUCAGAGGCUAGUCUGGAGUUGACCUCCACGUUCCCACGGUUACAGGAUGUGAAGACGAUGCAGAUGGAUGGGAAGGACAUGGUCGUUAUAGACGUGGAGACUUAUUCACAUAUCAUGGAAGAGCUUGCCAUGCUCAAGAUGAAGCUUAGUCAGUUAACUGACUUCUUACAGGAACAAGACUUAUUACAGCUGGAUUCUUCAAAAGAUAGGGCAGAUUUAUCCAGUUUGAACCAGUCUCUGGAAGACAUAAUGGACACUGCUUCUGUGAAAAAACCUUGAGAAGUAUAUCCAAAUUCUAAACGAAAAGCCAUUCCAAUAUAGCCAUGCAUCAUUCAGCUUGAAGUGGGAAGCAUCCGUCCAAUGUUCUAAGAGAUAUCCUGAAGCCUACGCUAAGAAGCUGGUAGAAAUGUCCUUAUGGCUUCCUGUAAUGGCGUAAUUCAGAUAAAAAGACUUGAAUGUUAGGUAGUAUGGUCAGUUGAAAGGUAGAUCUUUUUCUAGUAGUUUGACUGAUUUACAGUGCCAUGAAUAGGUAUGUUAUCUAAUGCUAAGAUUGACAAACUCCAUGUACGUGUAUUGACAACAAUGGUAACCUGGGUUAGGUAUGUCUAGCAAUGAUUUUAUAUCACAUGUAGUUCUCCAAAUUGUCAAAAAAGAUAUAUUUUAAUUUCUUUGUAAAAGGAGAAGGUACUCUUUUACUCUUAAUUUGCCCUGCAUUUCUCUGUAUUUUCCAAGUGUUCAUAAACAUGAAAACAGGGGGGGGGGGGGGGGGGGGUAUAUGAAAGUGGCUAUGAAAUAGGAGAUUGCAUAAUGAUUAUCUAACUGAAUCUAUGGCAUCAACUGCGACAUAAAAACUGGGGGGGGGGGGGGGGGGGGGGGGGGGGGGGGGGGGGGGGGUGUUCUGCUGCCUUGUUUUUUAACCUCAGAAAACAUUCAUUUUCAAAGCAUUUUAACUUCAGAAAAUACAGAGCACCUGCAACACCCAAAGUUAAAUUUAUAUGUGUAAGAAACACACAUGAAUGACAGCUGUUAAAUUUAUAUGUGUAAGAAACACACAUGAAUGACAGCUGUUAAAUUUAUAUGUGUAAGAAACACACAUGAAUGACAGCUGUUAAAUUCCUAUCAUAGAUGAGAACUUUUUUAACAGUGUUUUUGAAAGUGUAAACUAUUGUACAUGUAUAUGCUAAUGGCGUAACAAUGCUGUAAAAGAGACAUUUUUAAAAGGAAAUUUUAAGAUAUCUGAAUUUGGUUUGGUUUUUUUUUUCAAUGAUGAAAGGUAUUUGAAUUGUUUUUUGGUUGUUUUUUUUAUGUCUGAAUUUUUUUAAUGAAAUUUAAAAAAGUUUUAAUCAUUAGGGCAAAUCGAUAGUGAAACCUUACUUUUUUCUUUUAUACCUACUUAUCGUUUUAGUUGUAAUAUUUGAAUAGAAUCAAAAUGUCAGUGUUGACAAUAUUUUAUAGCUACAUACCGUACAUGUAGAAAUUUAAGUCUGGUACCAGGGGGUAAUUAGACCAUAUACAUGUAUGUGAGAAAGAAUAUUUUGUGUAUAUAUUUUCUAGCAUAUCAGUUUCCAAGUAUAUCAUUCUAGGCAUAAAUGACUGGCAUCUCAGAAAUAAUUUCCGAGGGCUGUCCUGCAGUUUGUGUAAUACAGCGCAACUUGCGUAAAUUUCUGUGUUCACGGUACAUGCACUGGUAAAUGGUUGUAAAUUAUAAACAAUCAGUAUUUAGAUUUUAUGUUGGAGAGUUGUGUAUAUUUUUAUUUUACAUUUGUUUGUUAAUGUUGAAAACAUUUAAAGCCUGGAGGCAGUAGUAUUUUACAAGGAGUCUCAUGGUACAUGAGAAACAAUUCACAUAGCUUUGCAAGUAGUUUUUUGUAGCUUGAUAAGAUUUCUACAACUCUACUAAGCAUUCAUGGAAUAGAAUGUAAUUAGGAUGAAACCUUGUUAACCAUGCAAACAAAUUAUGUGGAUUUUUCAGAAAUUAAUUUUAUGUUGCAGUUUGUCCAAAUUAAUAGUUUUAUUGUUACCUACGAGUAUCAUAUUAAGCUUUUUAACAGCUGCUUCUUUUCUCCAUGCCCACUCAGCUGAAAUAAGAAAAAAAAGAUUUUUACUUCAGUUUAUCACAAUAUUUUUUUUUUAAUUUCAGUUUUUGACCAAUUUCAUUCUGAAUUUAGUAGAUAUUGUGUUCAAGUAAACAAGUUGUUUUCACUUUCUAGAGCCACUUGGAUUAAAACUUCAAUGUUAAAUGCAACUUCUUCCAAAAAUAUAAAAUUCAGCAGUUUUAUGCUUCCCUAUUUAUCCAAAUUUUUAUUACGGAAUCUGAAGAGGGCAAGCAGAUAUUUAUAAAGGUGGUCUAAUGGCGAGUGAACAUUAAUUAAGAGUGCGUUUGAGACCACCGUUCUUCACACAAGUGCAAAUUCCUGGCUAUCCCGAACACAUGAGUACACAUCAUGAGAACGGGUUUGAGGUGCAAGAACUUAGUGUAGUCUUAAGAACACAUUCCUGUGCACAUGUUCUUGUCAUUCACGACUCUAAAAUUGGACAGGAGAACAAUGGGCGAUCUCGAAAACCGUGUUUGAUCACGAUGUUUCCCCAUGGUUUGAAUUUCAGUCACAGUAUCCUUAGUAACCAGUCUGGUGUUGUAUUAUUUAAUGUAUAUAAAGGGUAACUUAUCUUAUUCAUAGGUCAGUAAGUAUAUUCAGACUUCACCUCAUUUAGAUCUAGUCACAUAGCAGAAGCACACUGGAGGGACUAUGUAUGCUUGGUGUGGGUAUGACUUGGCUCCUCAUCAGGGUGAAAUUUCUUCAAAUCAUUUUUGAGAUUUGAAAGAUUAUUUUUUAAAAGUGUUAAUUAUUGUGUCAAAUCUAUGGUAAUGUUUAUUAUCAAGUUUGUGUGAUUUCUUGUGGUUUUACUUCAUAGAUGAAGUUGGGUUUUUUUUUAUCAAAGGGAAGUGCUUGUUUUUGGUUUUCAAAAGUCUAGAGCAACUGUGAAUGAGAGUGGUAUUUCUACCAAAGGCAAAUCUUUGAAAGUUAUUUUUGAAGUGAUAGUGUGAAUCCUGUUCAAGGAGUUGCUCUAUAUUUAUAAUUAGAGGCUCUUUUAUUGUCAACAUUUUAAAAUUUUAUGAAAGAACAUCAAAUCGUAGGAUUACUGACAAUUUGUAAAAAUAACAUGAAAAAAAAGUUGGACACACCCUUCAUCAAAAUAAAGUAAAUUUUACAUUUUAAAAUUUGAAGUAAAGUUAGGCCCAUGCAAUAUUUAGUCUUUUGUACAUGUAGUCAACACUGUUAUAUGCUUUAAAAUUGAAUUCCGUGCAGUAUUAUGCAGUUUAAAUGGAAACUAUUUUUUGAAAGAAAGUGUAAUUAAUGGGAGGUAACUCUCCCAUACCUCCACUGUUUAUUACACAAGUCUGAAGCUGUAGACUUAAGUAUUUACAUACCUGUUCUAACAGUCAUAAUAUUGUGGUUGAAUAUGCAAAUGCAAUUUUAUCUGUACAUUUUUCAUACUUAGUUAACAUUGGUGCAUGCUGUUCUGUCAUAACGCAAUUUUAUCAUGUGUUCAUGCUCUAAUCAAAUAACUUAAUCUUAAUAUUUCUGUAACUGUAGUUUUAAGUAUUUGUUUCAUUAAUUGUUUUUAAUUUAUAUCUUUAUAUAAAGGAAUGAAUUAUUGCCAUUAAUGAGAAUACUGUAUAAUUUGAAUAUCAGGUAUUUUUUAAAAAUCAUUUUCAUUUAGUGUGUUACCAAUACCUUUUUUAUCUUGGGACCAGAAAACCCAUUGGCUUAUUAGAAGGUUGAGUAAUAUAUCUUAGAUUCUAUUUUUAUGCCCUCCGCAAACAAAUUUUAGGAGGCAUAUAUACGAAUCGCCCUGUCUGUCGAUCUUCAUGUCUGUCAGUGCAAUGUGUUCAAGUUUAUAACUUAUUAACAGAGAACAGUUAGUCACUUAUACUUCACACAAUGAUUACCAACUACUUGUGGGUAUGACAUUGCCCUCACUUAAGGUUAAGGGGAGAAAACUUGCCUGGGGGUCAUAUCUUUGUAACAUGGGCAAUUAUAUCGCUUGGGUUUGAAUUUACUUUUAAAUAGUAACAAUAAAAUUGCCUGUGGUUUGUAACAGAAACAUCAGACACCUGUACUAUAGAUAAUGUAGAGUUUGGCUGGUCGUGUGUAAUGCCUCUAAGGCAUGUUCAUUUAAAAAGGUCAAGGUCACAGGAAGUAGAAUUGUUGUCUAAUUCAUUACUAUGUUAUGCAGUGAUUUUAGAGUAUGGCAGUUAAAUACACCCAAACUUGAGUAAGCCCUGUGAGGAGUAUUGGUCUCGUUAGGACAUCUCCGGUUGAUACUUAGUGAAAUGUUUAUGUUUCAGUGUAUUUUGGCAUUGGUAACAUACUGGUAUGUAUAUUUGUUAUAUUCUUCAUGUUAUGAGCUCCAGGUUUCUUUUGUUAAUUGAGAGUGUGGCUUAAGUUUGAAAUAUUUUUUUAAUUUUUAGAUCACAUUGUCUUUGACUUCUUUGGUUUAACAGAGAAGAGCUUUAUAAAAAUAAGCUGAAGACUUCGAAGUGUAUUUCCUAGAAAUGAAAACACAAAGAUAAAAUAUUACAUGAACAUC